UCGGCUCCCAGCGCCGCGGGACCUCACCGCCGGGCACGACAUGCGCUUCCUUCCCCGCCUGCUGCUGGCGGCUGCCCUGGCCACCGCCGCCCUGCUGGGCUGCCGGCUGCUCCUCGGGGGCCGCGGAGAUGACCUGGCUCCCAGGGCAGAGGAGGCCCCCCCUCUGACGCUGGACACCUUCCUUCAUGUCCAGCAGCUCCGGAAGAAGAGGCUGAGAGCUUUCUGCAGCCACUCAGCCAAAGUGGCCAUGCUGCCGGAGAGCCGUGAGGAGCGAGCCCGCGUCCUCUCCAGUGUGAGGGUCAGCACCAAGCUGGACUUCCUCUAUUGCCAAGCGCCAGCAACAGGGAUGGAGGGAUGGCGGUGGCUUUUGGAGAAGCUAGAAGAGAAAGGAAAUGUGACGGUCCCGAUGCUGCUUCCCUACCCUCGGCAGCAUGCUCUGCAGACGCAGCUGAGCGAGUUCAACCAGACCAUGAUAGAGGCCAUGAUGGGCUCCUACACGAAAGUACUGUUUGUCAGGGACCCUUUCCAGAGACUGAUCUCGGCUUACAUGCAAGGCAUGGGCAGCAGUCCUUCCUUCAGCAGUUUUGUUCAGGAUGUUUUAGACGGGGGACAGCACAACGCCAGUCUGGAAUCAAAGCCGCUUGUCAGUCUGUGCCAGCCUUGUCUCAUCCAGUAUGACUACGUGAUGAUGUUCGGCUUCCUCAGGCAGGAGGUGGGUCACCUGCUGCUUCGGGCCGGGUUGCCAAAGGACAUCCGCCUUCCUGAAUUCACAGACACCCAGGUGCAGUGGACCUAUAAGUGGCUAUCGGAGCAGCUAUUCAGUGAACUGUCCCUCAAACAGAAGAAACAACUCUCUCAUUUCUAUCGCUGGGACCUUUCUGCUUUCCAGUUUUCCAACAGUUUGCUAUCAGGCCUCCUCAGCAUGCCAGAAACCUGGUAGAAAUACCCUGGCUGGCAGGACUGUUUCAGAGAGCAUCAGUUCAAAUGGAAAUGCUUUAGAAGAUGAGCUGGGUCAGGGGCAGUCCGUGACUCUGUGACCAGGUGCUGGGAAAUUCCUCAGGUUGUAGCUCCUGAAGACAAGGCAGGGAACUGCCAGAGAGAGGAUAUCAAGGCUCUUUACAUUGCUGAUUUGUGUUUAAAUACUGCAGGAACAGGCACUAGAGAAACACACGGCGUGAGGGUGGCACUGGGGCCUAGAAAACCACAUGAGAGAAACUGUGAUGGGCUGAAGAGUUUUCAGAAUGCUUUUUGCAGCAUUUUGGGGUAGGUUGGCCUGGACUGGCUGCAGGUCACAGCAUCAUCCUCACAUGCUCUGAAGGCAGUUCUAUUUCACUUUCUGGAGUCCCUCUUCCUUUUCAGCCAAGAAGUUUGGCAGUGGCUUCAGUUGCAUGACAAAUCUGCACAAACACAUAGAAGUGCUCCCAAAGGAUAUCACCUGUUGUCUGUCUACUCUAUGCAAGUAGAUGAGAAAUGACGCAGGAUGGGAGACCCUCCUGGGGAAAUGCUGGUGCUGUUCCCAAUCCUUUCAUGCUCCAUGAAGACCAGGCCUGGCCCAUUAUCUGGUUAUAUAUGUUCUGUGUGGACUGUUUCCUAUUUUAGGACCCCACAUCUCCUGCACCCUCAAGAGAGCAGAGCUCCCCCCACUCCAGGGAGGUGCAACAAUGCUUGCUCCAUUCACACGUUUAGAGUAACACCAGGUUCCCCUAUACAGGUCUGACCUAAAUUGGCCAAGCCUAGCUUUCACCAGUACUCACUAUCAGCAGGUUAGCAGUGUGCAUGAGCAACAGCUGUUUUGAUUUACUUGCUAAAGCUGACAUAGUACUACUACACCUGUGCUGCGAGCAAUGCUCCCAUGAGGGCACAUUAGCCUGAAGUAGCUGGCUCAGGGUCUAAUAGCAUGGCAGGCCCCCCCGAACCACAGCGCCUGGUAGUCCUGCCCCCUGAGGA